UUACUUGGGCACGUGACCUACAGUAUGCGUUGGCGCGAAAAGCGCGAAAAGUGACAAGUGUCAGUACAUGGUGGCUGUUUUAACCCUCAUUAAAGUGCCAUUAUUAUCUCAUUAACUACAUAAAAGUGGUGAUUGCAAGCUUCCCUUGCUCAUAAUUUUAGAACUUUGAUUUGUGUGCCUCAUCAAAAUGACUCCGGAACCACGUACCAGAAAAUCAACAAGACUUCACCUGAAGCAAACUUCUUCAGAAUCAGUGAACACUAGACGAAGAACCCGAAAACCAAUCAUAAUAUCAGAUAGUGAAGAAGAAAAUGUGCCUGAGACCGAGAAAUCGCCGUUCAAAAAGCCCCCAAACACCCCCUACAAAACCAAAUCCAGAACUCCCCCCGAAGAUCGGACUGUGACGCCCCCCAAACAACGCAAAAUGAGUGAAAAUAAUGAGAAUCUACAAACUCCCCCAUCCACACCCACAAUUUUGCUCGAAAGACUGUCGCUGCUGAGUCCCAACGAAAAAUCAAACCGGAAAAAGUUAUUUCAAGAAGACGAUUUGUAUCAGAAUGCCAGGAGAGCUUUACACAGUUCAUGUCCCACGAAUUUGCCAGGUCGUGAAAAGGAGUUGGGGGAUUUGAAACAGUUUAUUUUGCAACAUUUGGACGAAGGAACUUCCGGUACUUUGUAUAUAAGUGGGCCCCCAGGAACGGGCAAGACCGCUUCGUUGAACUUGGUUUUGGAGGAUCCUCAAAUCUCAUCAGGGAUUGAACACGUUUAUGUUAAUUGUACGUCGAUCAAGUCCUCAGGGUCGAUUUUUUCGAGGAUUGCCAAGGAUUUAGGGAUUAAGGCCAGUGGGAAGAGUGAGAAGGAUUACGUGGGGGCGAUUGAGAAGUUCCUUCAAAAAGGACACAGGACGAUUCUGCUCGUCCUUGACGAGAUCGACCAAUUAGAGAGCAAAAAACAGUCGGUCCUUUACACAAUUUUCGAAUGGCCAGCAAAUCCCAACUCGCGCUUGAUUCUAAUAGGGAUUGCAAAUGCGCUAGACUUGACCGACCGAAUCCUUCCUCGUCUGCAGGCCCGUUGCGAGUUAAAACCCCAAUUAAUGCAUUUCGCUCCUUACACCAAACAACAAAUUGUCGAAAUAUUCACAAAUCGUUUGAAAAAUGCCAAUGUUUUGGACAUAUUCUCGCCAAUCGCCUUACAAAUGUUAGCGGGUAAAGUAGCCGCAAUUUCGGGGGACGUUCGGCGCGCUUUAGACAUUGGGAGACGAGUAAUUGAAAUGUCUGAUAAGAAAAAACGCGGUGAAUGUGUGCUCAAAUCCGUUGAAAAUUUAGCAACGGAAUUGGAGGAGAAAAAGCUUGAAAGUGUUGAUAUGAGACAAGUCGUUCAAGUUUUGAACAGAGUCUACGGAACGACGCAAAGUCUGGAUGAGGAAGUUGAAGAUUCGUUCCCGUUGCAACAGAAAAUUAUUGUUUGUUCGUUGUUGUUGAUUUUGAAAAAGGCGAAAAAUAAGGAUGUGACGAUUGGACGACUGCAUGAUGUGUAUAGGAGGGUUUGUGCCAAAAGGAAUAUUCAAGUUGUUGAUCAAGGCGAGUUUGUCGGACUUUGUUCCCUGAUUGAGACCAGAGGGAUGGUGAAAAUUAUUAAAAAGAAGGAUCCUAGGAUGAACAAAGUUAGCUUGGUUUGGGACGAAGGCGAAGUUAGUGCCACUUUGAGGGACAAACAGCUGAUGUCCAUGAUUUUACAGGACGAUAGUUGUUUAGGCAAAAUGUAAUUUUUUAAAGACUGUUCCUGUCGAAUAGAAUUUUAUUUAUUGAUUGUAAACACGAUGUAAUGUUUCUUAAAAUAAUUUUUUUUUUAAA